AACGGGAAGGAGCAGCUCGGUGGGGAGGACCACACUUUCCCGUGACGUUGCUUGGAUAAGAGGAAGUCAUAUUUUCUCCAAUAUUCAGCCACCGAGACGGACUAUCUGCUGGCCCUUUUUGAACCAGACGACCGAGGAAAACCCCCAAAAUAUUUUGGCCGCGUUUAACAAGGUUACGGAGGGGCUGAAGUCCACGAUGAUGGAAAUGGAGGUGAUGCAUUCCGGACAACAGGACAUGGACCUGAUCGACAUUCUGUGGAGGCAGGACAUCGAUCUGGGAGCCCGGCGUGAGGUGUUCGACUACAGCCACCGUCAGAAGGAGCACGAGCUGCAGAGGCAGCAGGAGCUGGCGGAGGAGAAGAGGUUGCACCUCCUCCGCGAGCAGGAGAAGGCUCUGCUGGCACAGCUACAGCUGGACGAAGAGACAGGGGAGUACGUGCCGCGACCGCUGCCCAGCACCCCGCUGCAGUCGGCCUACCACGCCGCAGUUGCUCCCACGCCUCUGGCGGUAGCACAGGACGUGAGCUUCACACAACAGGGUGCUGGGACUUUGUCAUUUGACGAAUGCUUGCAGCUCCUCGCAGAGACGUUUCCCAUCGAGGAAAAUGAGGAUGCCUCCGUUUCCCUGGACACGAGUGAUGUCUCUGUUGAGAGUAGCCGCAGCAGCAGCGUUGCCAUGAUGUCCCCCGAGCAACCAUCUUUGGCCCCACUUACGCUUUCACCAGGUCCUAUGAUAGCAUCCCAGCCACAGAAGAUACCUUUGGAUAUCGAACAGGCCUGGAUGGAGCUGCUGUCACUUCCUGAGCUGCAGCACUGUCUGAGCCUACAAAUGGAGGACACACUAGAGACAACGACCUAUCCUCUCCCAAAUAGCACUGAAGCACAGGAUCCAAACUACUCUUUUUACCCAAUGUCUAGUCCAGUAGAAGAGAAAAACAAUUUAAAUGUGUGUCCUACAGUUUUUAUGAAUACAUUUGAUAGCUCAGUUCCCAGCGUGACACCAGCAGACAAUGUGAACCGAAUGAAGUCAGAAGUUCCCCAGUUAAACACUCAUUUCAACCUUAAUAGCUUUUGCAACACAUUUUACCCUGACACCAGUUUGGAGGAGAGCAGCAGUCAGCAGGACCUUGAGGGAAAAGAAUACAAUAUCAUGUCCGAUGUUCAGAAAUUGUACAGCCUCUCACCCGGUGAUACGUUUGAACGGGGCAGACAUAAUGCAUCUGCAGAAGUGCCCGACUUAGACUCUGGCCUCUCCUCAAGUCCCGACACUUGCUCGCCUGGGAAAUCUCUAUAUGGAGAUGAGGGUUUUGACGGCAGCGAUUCUGACAUGGAGGAGAUGGACCAGAACCCUGGCAGCACAAAAUCUGACUACUCUGAGAUGUUCUCUUUAAACUUUCAACCUGAUGAUGUUCAGCAAGCAUUUCCUCUGCCCACAUUAGCGGACCAGGUUCAAAUCCAGCAGGACGAGCCCAAAAAAGAAAUGGAUCCGGCGGAAGACAACGGGCAGAGCUCCUCGCCCUUCACUAAAGACAAACGCAAGAGAAGAUCGGAUUUGCGUCACUCCAGGGACGAGCAGAAGGCCAAGGCCCUCAAGAUCCCCUUCAGCGUUGACAUGAUCAUUAACGUGCCUGUCGACGACUACAACGAGCUGAUCUCAAAGAACCAACUGAAUGAGGCCCAGCUAGCCCUGGUCAGGGACAUUCGCCGCCGCGGCAAGAACAAGGUGGCAGCCCAGAACUGCCGCAAGCGCAAGAUGGAGAACAUCGUGGGGCUGGAGCUGGACCUGGACUCACUCAAGGAGGAGAAAGAGCGUCUGCUGGGCGAGAAGUCCCGCAACGUAAACAGCCUGAGAGAGAUGAAGAGGAAGCUGAAUAGCCUUUACCUGGAAGUGUUCAGCAUGCUCAGGGACGAGGAUGGCAACUCCAUCUCGCCGACCGACUUCUCUCUGCAGCAGUCGACCGAAGGCAGCGUCUUCCUUGUUCCUCGCACUAAAAAGACUUUGAUCAAGAGCUAAGACCAGCGCCUGUCUUUCUAGUAAGGUACAGCAGUCACAUAGUCGCACUAUGCAAUGACAUUCUCAGCUUUAAGCAUCAGUAGCGCUUAGUGUUGUCACAAUACCAACAUUUUGACUUCGAUACUAUACAUGCAUAAAGUAACUCGAUACCGGUCCGGAAACAAAACCACGGCAAAAACUUAAAACGUCAGUAAAAAGCAGUGGAAUAAUGGCUGACAGGUAAACAACUUUGAAUUCUUUUUAUUUGUAUUAAUAGAAAAAAAGGAUUCUAAUUAGAAUACAUUUGAUAAAAUAACUUUGGAAGAAUGGAACACAAAACAUUCAACAUUUUCUAAACACUACUGAACUGAACUAAAGUUUAUAUACACACACGUGUAUCCAGCGCUGUACAAGUCUUAGGCCAAGUUUUGUUUUAGCAAUGUUAUCAUGAUCAUAUGUAACUAGAGCUACUAAGUUUAUCAUAGACCUCCACCAAGGCUGAACUAGUGAUAAAAGUCAAAACAAUCCAUAAAACUUGGCAUUUGGGUUUGUUAGACCACCCAAGUGUUUAGCUCGCAGGCUAUUUACUGGAGGAUGGGGAACAUAUGGGAGGCGAAAAUAUGAUUCUGGGGGGGUGAAUGGUUCUUUUGAUUCCAUGGUGACUCAUAAUGCAUACAAAAACUAACCCUAUCUGCACCCCAAUUCAGACCCACAGCAAAAUACAUCUUCAAUUAAUCGCUUGUGUUCCAGUGUAAGAAUUUGCAGCCACUUCUGUGUUUUGUGCAACCCCCCCGAAUAAUUUUUUUCCGGCAAAAAUAAAAUAAAAUCACGGUUUGGUUUUGGAACUGGUACUUUGUGCAAAACUAGUAGCUCUGCAGAACUAUUGUAAAGUUUUGGUUCUUCUUGGAUGUUAUGAAUAUUUUUUAUAUUUUCUUUUAUACUCAUAUUCUAUGUGAUUAUUUGUAAAUAGACAUGAUAUAAAUCUUGAGAUUACUGUAUGUGUAAAUAUUCUCACUGUAUAGUUUCUGUAUGCUAAAUGGAAGAUUUUUAACUAUAUACACUAUGAUUUGCUGCGCAGGUUCUUAUGCUUUUCAAUAAAUCAUCCAAAGCUA